GCCGGAGCAGUCGGGAGCCCCGUGUGCUCCCGCUCGGCGCCGCCAUGUCCACCCCUGCGAAGCGGCACUGCCACAGCCCUGCCAGCUCCCUCGACUCCAGCUUCCAGAAGCGCCUCCGGAAGAUUUCCAUCGAGGGCAACAUAGCUGCAGGGAAGUCAACAUUUGUCAGGCUACUAGAGCAACACAGCGAUGAGUGGGAGAUCAUUCCUGAACCCAUUGCCAAGUGGUGCAACAUCCAGACAGCUGAAGAUGAAGACCAGGAACUUUCAACAUCUCAGAAGAGUGGAGGAAACCUACUUCAAAUGCUGUACGAUAAACCCACAAGAUGGGCUUAUACAUUUCAGACCUAUGCUUGCUUGAGCCGAGUCAGAGCACAAUUAAAACCCGUCUCAGCCAAGCUACACGAAGCAGAACAUCCAGUGCAGUUUUUUGAGAGAUCCGUGUACAGUGACAGAUAUGUAUUCGCUUCUAACCUGUUCGAGUCUGGAAGCAUUAAUGAAACAGAGUGGGCUAUUUAUCAGGACUGGCACACAUGGCUUUUGAAUCAGUUUGAAUCAGAUAUAGAACUGGAUGGCAUCAUCUACCUAAGAACCACACCUCAGAAAUGCAUGGAAAGGCUACAGAUGAGGGGAAGAGAAGAGGAGCAAGGAAUUGAGCUUGAGUAUUUGGAAAACCUCCACUAUAAACAUGAAACCUGGCUUCAUGAAAGGACUAUGAGAGUUGAUUUUGAGAACCUUAAAGACAUUCCCAUUCUAGUUUUGGAUGUUAAUGAAGAUUUUAAGAAUGAUAAGAUUAAACAGGAGUAUCUGAUUGAUAAGGUCAAGUAUUUCCUGACUUCUUAAGAUGAUGAAAAUUGAUUUGAACACCAAGUCCCUGAAGUUCAAGAGUUAAACUGGACAAUUUACUUUAACUGAAUUUACUACUUAUAUGGCUUAUUUUAAGGCAAGAUUGAAAUGCAAAAUAUGGUUUGGGGUUGGGUUUUUUUUGCUUGUCUGACCUGUGUGGGUUUUGAUAGAAUUUUCUGUAUAGUUAAAACAAACAAAUAUGGGGUGCUUUGAUAAUGUACUUUGUGUAUAUGCU